GCCUCUCUCUCCGCCUCUUUCUCGAUCAUACGUGCAAAACUGUUGUUAACUUUCGUUAUACUAAGGCCUGAUCGGUGAUGGUUGUUGCAUUUCUGUGUUUUCAGAUCAUUCCGGAGAGAAACCGGAGAGCGAUCUCCAAGUACCUCUUUCAAGAGGGUGUUUGCUAUGCCAAGAAGAGCUGCAGUCUGGCGAUCCACCCGAAUAUAGAUGUCCCAAACCUGCAGGUCGUUAAGCUUAUGCAGAGUUUUAAAUCCAGAGCGUAUGUUCUGGAGACGUUCGCAUGGAUGCACUACUAUUGGUACAUUACGAAUGAUGGUGCCGAAUUUCUGAGGACUCACCUCAAUCUUCCAUCCGAUAUUGUGCCGGCUACCAUGAAGAGACCGCCUAGCCUCUUUACUCAACCAAUGGAUGGAUCCCCUGCCGAUCGUCCACGUGGGUUUGACUGUCCACGACGUUUUGAGGGAGACGGUACGAGGUCUGGGGAUCGCGAUGGUUAUCGCAGAGGUGUUUUGGGAGGGUACAAAGGAGGAUUUCCUGCGGACUUCCAGCCUACUUUUCAGGGUUCAGGUGGAAGCCCUGGCUUUGGUUGUGGUGGCGAUGGCAGUCGUCGGUCCUGGUCACCCUCCGACCUCCCUUAGAGACAUCCAGUGGUAUGUAUUCACAGCUCCUGGAUUGCCGUUGGAUCAUAGUAGAUAUAAAUAAACAUGCAGCCUUAGUCCCAUAAUUUCCUGGCCGGAAGUUAUUAGAAUAAAUCGGAGUCCAUCUUUGCUACAUACUGUUCUUUCUUAAUCAAAUGCUUGCAUGAUUACAUCAUGUGCUCCAAAACAAUAUCAUGUAGUUACAUGAAUGCGUCAUGCACUCCAAAACAAUCUCUGGAACGUGGGUUGUCUUUUUUACUUGUAGCCAUGAAGAGGCACGUCGAGCAAAUUCGUGUUGAUUCAA